UCUCCAAUACUUUAUCACUAUGAAAUCUUAAAAUCACUCCCAUAAGGUUUGAAUUUUAGCCUAAUUAAUCCCUAAACUAAGGGGUUUUACAACAAGACCAAUUUGAACGCCUCUUGCCAACAUUCAUCCAAGUGAUACAUUUGACAGACCAAGAAGAAACUGAAUAUUGGGCUGUUGUAUCUGCUGUCUUUGAAGGCAGACCAGUUGAAUCUGUUGCAUCUAGUCCCAGCUUGACCUCCAUUGCUUCAAAAUCAAUAGAAGCUAGCAUCAAUCGCAAGGUGCGUUUAUUGAGGACAAUGCUGCAGUGGGAAGAACGACUAUGCUCUGGAUCCAGUUUUCGUCAACUGGAGGGUGCUGUUAAAUCUUGCCUUGGUCCUGAUUACGUUCCUCGUGGAGAAGUUGUGAUUGUAUGCUGGCCUCAUGGUGAGAUAAUGAGAUUGAGAACCGGUAGCACUGCUGCAGAUGCUGCAAGGAGAGUAGGACUCGAAGGAAAGGUGGUUCUGGUAAAUGGUCAGCUGGUGUUACCCAACACAAAGCUCAAAGAUGGUGAUGUGAUUGAAGUAAAACUGUAAAUGAGUACAACGUGUACAUAGAAGGGUAAAUAUGAUAUUAUUGUGCCAUUAAAUUAUUGCAUAUGAUAGAAAAACUAAGUGUGAUGGGAUGAAAUGGAAAGUAGUUCUGAUUUUCGAGGAAACUCAUCCCAAUUAUCUUAUUAGAGCAGUGCUAGGGACACUCGCCCCCUAGCACUCGCCCGGACACGCUCCCUUUGAAAGAUGUCAUGUGGUGAAAAGUGGGUUAUACCUUCUAGAAGCCCUUUAAUUUACAAUCCUUAAGGCUUUUAGCCCUCCAAGUUAUAAGUUGAAGUUUGUCACCCCUCAGCUCACCCCUUAGCUUACUGGAUACCAAUGUUUUAGCCCUUUGAUCGAGCCUUUUGAUUUUGACCGUUACUAGAAUUGUUACUUUAAGUUUCAUCUUUAUGACACUUUAAUCCUUAGACUUAAAUUUGUUAGGGUUUUUAUUCUUAUCUUGAUAAAUUUUUUAAUUUUUCUAGAGCUGUUGCUCUACAUAUUUUAUAGACAUCUAUCCCAUAUGGAAAGGUGAUAAAAUUUUACAAUUUUU